AGCAGAGCCAGACUGGCAGAGGAGAAAUUUGAGGAAGUACAUGAGAAGCUGCAUUACACCCUCAUAAAAAAUAAAGAUCUAGAGAUGGAACUAGAGGAAAUACUCAGGAUUAGAAAGGAAUCAGAACAAAAAGAAAAAGAUGAAAAAGAAAAAGAAGAGGAGGAGAAAGAAGGGGAAGAACAAGACGAGGAGGAGGAUGAUGAGGAAGAAGAAGAAAUUAGUUCAAUGGAAAUUUCCUCAAGAAAUCAAGAGGUACAACGCAAAGAGAGUACUUCCAGCAUUACAGCCAGGAUCGAUACUAAAUCCAGUACCAAGACCGAACCCAAGUAGCAUUCAUAGUAUGCUGGGGUUCACAGUGGCUACAUCCACUAAACACACCCAGAUACCACUAGGCCAAAGAGCUGACAUGUGGCUCAGUUGGAGGACUUCCUUUGCAACAGCUCCUAGAAAGGUCACAGUAUACAACCCAAGAGCAUUUUCUCUUUAAAAUCACAGCAGUGGCUAUGGGGGUCAGUGCAUUAGAUUACUUCCCAGAUUAA